AUGAACGAGUCAUCGUUGUUGUUAUGGUUAGUGAUUCUCGGCUCCAUCCCAGCAGGAGGAUGGUCACUAAGGCAACCACUGAAAAAGCCCAACAUCAUCGUCUUCUUUGCUGAUGAUAUGGGCUAUGGCGAUCUGUUAAGCUAUGGUCACCCAACGCAAGAGUAUGGUGCAAUAGACCAGAUGGCGGCAGAAGGAAUCCGAUUUACGCAGUGGUACAGUACUAGCUCGGUAUGCACUCCAAGCAGGGCUGCGUUGUUAACUGGUAGACUACCAGUUAGAAGUGGAUUCUAUGCUACGAAUGGUCCAACACAUGAGAGAGUGUUUCUGACUUCUGGAGGCGGUGGUCUACCAAGAGAUGAGGUUACUUUACCCGAAGCCUUGAAGAAUGUGGGCUAUUCGACUGGCAUGGUUGGAAAGUGGCACCUUGGUAUAAAUGCAUAUCGUCAUGAUGAUGGUUACCAUCUUCCUACGCAUCAUGGAUUUGACUUUGUUGGUACUGUGCUGCCUUUCACCAAUCACUGGGCGUGUGAUUCACAUAAAAUUCAUUUACCUCAUGCCAACAGAAAGCUCUGUUUUCUUUAUUACAACACAACUAUUACUCAACAACCAAUCAAUCAUGAUAACCUGACGGCAACACUGGUGCUUGAUGCCAAAUCAUUCAUCUAUGACAAUCAAGAGAAUCCAUUUUUUCUGUAUUUUUCAUUUGCACAUAUGCAUGCAAAUCUCUUUACAGCUCGUAGGUUUAAAGGUUCAUCCAAACGAGGUCGAUAUGGUGAUGACAUGAACGAGAUGUCCUGGGCUGUUGGAGAAAUCCUGGAUACCAUCCGAUCUACAGGCCUAUCGCAUAAUACUCUGGCUUUCUUCAUCUCUGACAAUGGACCCCAUGUUGAGAUAUGUGAAGAAGGUGGUUCCCCAGGAAUGUUGAAAGGAGGUAAAGCUACUAGCUGGGAGGGUGGUAUCCGGGUUCCUGCCAUCGCCUGGUGGCCUGGCGUCAUCGCUGGCGGACAGGUUUCUAGCCAGGUGGUUAGCACAAUAGAUGUAUUUGCCUCUGCGGUUGAUUUUGCAGGAGGCACCCUGCCACAUGACAGAAUUAUUGACAGUCUGAGUUUAAAAUCAUUGCUUCUCCAUAAAGCUCAGUCUCCCCACCAAGUGCUCUUCUUCUACUGUUCUGAUCGCCUGAUGGCUUUGAGGUACAAUUCAUACAAAAUUCAUUUCCAUUCUCAUUCAUUCCCUAGCGAAGAAUUCAUCCGCUACUAUGCUUGUCCUGAUGGAGGGCUUCCUGUGACACAGUUUUACUAUUGUUAUGAUUGCUAUGGCAACUGCAUUACUUCCCACAAUCCUCCACUUAUCUACAAUGUGGAAAAAGACCCUGGAGAGAAACAUCCACUGUCGCCAUGGCAACACAAGGAAAUGAUUGAAAGUGUAAUGGCCGUAGUUGCCGAGCAUAAAAGAGGAGCAGGAGUUAGAGGAGGAGCGGGAGGGGAAAAGGAGGAGGAAGAGGAGGAGGAGGAAGAAGAAGAAGGAGAGCAAAGUGAGAAGGAAGAAAAGGAUGUUUUAGAAUAA